AUGUCCGGAUACGCCGCCGAGAUGCACGUCCGCGACAACGUCCGAAUGCUCUGCUCGCGCGUCCAGACCCUCCUCCACCGCCGCCCCAAGCAGCAGCCCGAAGAAGAACAAGGGCGCGUCCUCCCCUUUGCAAUCUCUGCUCCGUUCGACUUUCGGCUCGGACAGGUCUCCCUCCCCGGCAUCUCCCACGACGAAAUCACCAUGCUCCGCGAAAAGGCCACCGCCAGCCGCGUCGGCAUCGCAGAGUACAUCCCGCGCUCCUCCUCCUCCAUGACCUCGUGGGACGCGCCGCCGCGGCCGCGCUCGUCCCCGCGGGGUGGCACGUUUCCGUACAGCCGCGCUCACACGCCGCCGCACGCCCACGCCCGCCGACCCGUCUGGUAG